AUGGCGGAAUCUGAUAAUCUUAACUCUUCCAACAGUCCUCCAGGCGAAGCCAGCAAUGAAAACAGUGUGGUGGAAGCGAAUAGAUCUUCUGAAGAUACUGUUGAUGUCAAUGCUCAAAUCGAUGAACAAAGGCGCAGAAUGCAGCCAACUAAGAUGGAAUCAUUCUUUGCUAUUACAAAGUCCUUGAUUAUAAGGGCACUAGUGGUUUAUUUCAUCACUUCUAUGUUUCGGCAACCAUCAGCGCCCAAGACUGACCUAAGCAAUCCUACAGCAGCCCCUCGUGUUCCUGCUAUUAAUAUGUUUGCUAAUGGCACUGUUUUAGAUAUGUACUGCUAUGUAUCAGAGAGAGAAUUUUAUUCCAAUUUAGAUGAUUCUGAUUUAAUUUGGAAACAAACUGGGAUUAUUUAUGGUGAUUGGCUGGGAGGUCCUAAUAAUGAUGGUACCUUCACUCACUCCACCACCAUUAAGCCUUCAGAUUCAUUAAAGAACAAUGGAUCAAUCUAUCUUCACGUAUUUGUGGUUCAAUCUGGAAAAUCACCUGACCCUAAAAAUAAAAAUGAAUAUGGUGGACCAUACAUCACCUAUGGCAAAAAAAUGCUUAAUAAAUAUAAAAAGUUGCGUUAUAUGAAGACACACAACUUGUUAACAGGGCAAACUGAAAAAUCUGCUGAAGAAAUAAUUAAGGCUGAAACCCUUAAAGAAGAAAUUGUAUCACACUGGCAUCCAAAUUUAACUGUCAAUUUGGUAACAGACCAAACUAAUUGGAUGCAAGGCAGCGUUCCACCUCCAUUAGAUGAGUUCAUCUUCUUUUUGCCAGAUGGAAAACAGUAUAAGCCUGCAGUUUUCUUGAAUGACUAUUGGAAUAUGAUGCGAGAUUAUGUACCAAUUAACAAAACUUCAGAAUCAUUGAAUCUUGAGCUAACAUUUCAACCUUUAAGUUUGUUUAAAUGGCAGUUGUAUACUGCCCAAGCAAUGAGAGACAAAUUGAGUAUGUUUUCAGCACUGGGGGCUGAAGAGCAAGAUGAAGAGCAAGACACUGUCAAGGAAUUGCUACUUGACACUUCACCAUACCUGCUUGCACUUACUAUCAGUGUUUCAGUUUUACAUUCCAUAUUUGAAUUACUUGCUUUCAAAAAUGAUAUACAAUUCUGGAACAAUAGGCAGUCACUUGAGGGUCUUUCUGUGAGAUCAGUAUUUUUCAAUGUUUUCCAAUCCACAGUGGUGUUGCUUUAUGUCCUUGAUAAUGAAACAAAUGUCAUGGUCAGAAUUUCAUGUUUUAUAGGUUUGCUUAUAGAAGUCUGGAAAAUUAACAAAGUUAUGGAUGUGAAGAUAAAUAGAGAGGAGCGUAUCUUUGGUAUACCAAAACUAAGUUUUACUGAUAAAGGAUCUUAUGUUGAAUCUAGUACAAAGCAGUAUGAUAUGUUGGCUUUCCGCUAUCUCAGCUGGGCUUGCUUCCCUCUUUUAAUUGGAUAUGGUGUAUACUCAUUGUUAUACCAGGAACAUAAAGGAUGGUAUUCUUUCAUAUUAAACAUGAUGUAUGGAUAUUUAUUGACUUUUGGAUUCAUCAUGAUGACACCACAACUGUUCAUUAACUACAAGUUGAAGUCAGUAGCACAUUUGCCUUGGCGUAUGAUGACAUACAAGUUCCUUAAUACAUUUAUAGAUGAUAUCUUCGCUUUUGUGAUAAAAAUGCCAACAAUGUACCGAUUGGGUUGCUUCAGAGAUGAUAUUGUAUUCUUCAUCUUUUUAUACCAACGUUGGAUCUACAAGGUUGACCAUAAGCGGGUCAAUGAAUUUGGUUUCUCUGGUGAGAUGGAACAACAACAGAAACAAGUAAAGAAUGGUACUCCAGCUAUUUUAGAAGCAGAACAACAACCAGUUGACAAGAAAAAUGAUUAA